AACAGAUGUUAUUUCCUUUUAUUUUCUAAAUAAAAUAAACAAAGAAAAACGUUAUGAAUAUAUCACAAUUAACUGCACCAUUUGCUUUGAUGACAACACCAGAUUUUCAUACACUCAAAGUUGAAUGGUUUGACAGUCUAGAAGAACUUGAAAUGGCUGGUAUAAGAUGUGCAAUAGAAGUUUCAAUUAAAAAGAGUGAUUUUAAUAAUUGGGAAGUUAUAUACCUGUAAGCUUAAUGGAUUUAUCCUGAUAUAUAUAAUCUGUUUAUGAAUUCUGAAUAUCAAAAAUACGUAUAUCUUCCUCUGUAUUCUCUUCUUAGAGGUCGAAGUGAUCAUUGUGUGAAUACAAAAAUGGAGCCUGGUGGCGAGUAUCUUGUACGAUUGAGAUUGGCUAUGGAUGAUUCAUAUGGACCAUAUGGUGAAGAACAACUAGUUGAAAUGCCAGUUGAACCAAACUCUGGCUCUGACUUACACAGAGCAAUUAAAUUUGAGGAUUAUGAACAAGUAGUACGUAUACUUGAAGCCAAGCAGGUAAAUAUUGAAAUAGCAGAUCAAUUUGAUUUUACGCCUUUAAUGUCUGUGGCUAACAGAAAUUUGAAAGAUAUGGUUGGACUUUUAUUAAAACACGGUGCAAAUCCGAAUACAGCGAAUAAAUUAGGUAAAACUGCGAUAAUGAUAGCUGCUAAUAAAGGAUAUGCUGAUGUUGUGGAGACUUUAAUUCAAAAUGGUGCUGAUCCUAAUUUCCAGGACAUAAAUGGAAUGCAUAGUUUAUUCUAUGCAGUUGAUGGAGAAAAUGCAAAUAUGGUUCGUUUACUGGUGAAAAAUGGCGCACGACCAGAUAUGGAAGAUAAAGAUAACCAGUGGACGCCCUUAAUUCGUCUAGCGUGUUUAGCAAACAAUGGUAAUGCAAGGGUUGGUGCUGCUCUUCUUGACUGUGGAGCUACUGUUAAUAAACAAGAUAAAUAUGGACAAACAGCAUUAAUCCAUUGUGCAUUUCAUAGAAACCAUGUGGAUUUAGCUAAAUUACUUUUAUCGCAUGGAGCUGAUCCAGAUAUUAAAAAUAAGAAAAACAACACUGCCAUUGACAUAGCUCGAUCACUGGAAAAUUUGAAUUUCUGCAAUUUAAUUGAACGAUUCAAACGGUUAGCCAAGAAGUGAAAUUUACAAAAUCUGCAAACAUUUAUCAUCCCAUCACCAUGGUGCCCAUGAAUCAG